AUGGCCCCGGCGAAGCAGCGCUCGGGCGCCGACGACCACAAGGCAGACGCAGCAGCAGCAAGCAAGGGCAGGGAUGUGCGGCUGACGGGUGCGUCUCGCGAGCAGAUCCAAUGGAUGGAGUUUGAACGGGACGUGCUGCACGCGUACGUCCGCACGUACCAGAUCGAGUCGCCCAGCGCAUUUUCCAACGACCUGCACCGGUGGAUGCUCUCACAGCCAGGAAGCAUCGGGCUGCAGUCGCCGACGAUGCGACGCCACAAGGCGCUGCGGCGGCAGAGCAAGGCGCAGCUGGCCAGCACGACGCGGAAACACUCGAACAACCUGGGGGUGCAGGAGAACGACGUGAUUGUCGACUUCCUACACAAGGUGCAGAACCACGAGGUUGUGCGGUUGCGUCGGCUGAGGAGAAACGGGUCGAACUCGCGUGGACGUGAGGGUUAG